UUUAAAUAAAAAUAAAAUAGACUUAAUAAGUGGCCCCUGUCACGUGAGAAGAUAGUUUCGUCUGCUAGCUAGCACUACCACUGAUUUGUACAAAACUUGAAAGGCUAAGAAAAAUUUGGAGAAAAUGGAGACGAAAUACAGAGGAAUAUUUGGAUCACCAGCAGAACCAUUAUUCAAUGAUGAAAAGCAUGGAGUGCCCCCGGACAUUUUAAAAGAAUGGCUUGUUAACUUAGACAGAAAAAAUACCAUUUGUGCUGAAAAAUCGAAUAUAAAACAAGGUUUCUUUUACAGAUCUGAUGCAAUAACAUUUAUAUUUAACACAUGUGCUAAAUUAGAAGUUCCUAUAAAGGUGAAAUAUUAUGCAGUAGAAUUAUUUGAACGAUUUAUGACAAAACAUGUUCAAGAUUUGUACAAUCAUAUGAAAACAACGAGUAGUAAAACAAAGCAAAAAGACUGGAAUGAGGUCUUAGAUAGAGUUCAAAAUCAGUUGUUAUUAAGACUUGUUUCAUGUUGUCAAAUUGCCAGCAAGAUCACAUCCCAUUAUAAGGUUAUUUCAGCCAAAAAAGCCAAAUAUUUUCUUCGAGAUCUUGGUCUAAAAUAUUCCUCAACAAGUAUAUUACAGUCAGAGUUACGUGUUUUAAAAACCUUAGAUUUUAAUGUUAUGGAAACAACACCAUUAGUGUAUAUGGAAACAAUAUUAGAAAUAUUAGGCUAUAAUGACCCAAGUAUGUCAGUGAAAUCAUAUCAUGCUGUGGCAUUGAAAGUGUUAGAUGUUGUAUAUUUAAAGAAUACUCAAGUCUAUCAGGAAUUGUUUCUGGUAAUAGCUAAACAGACGACACCUUCCAUUAGUAAUAGGGCAGCAUUUAUUCAAGUGAAAUGUGAUAAAAUGUUUUUGGCUAUAUCUGUGUUAACAGCAGCUGUAUAUAUUGUUGAUCAGCCUAUGACAGAUAAGGUGAUAGACCAUUUAAAUAAAAUAACUAAAAGACCGUGUGAUGAUAUUCUGGAUUUUGCUACUGUGAUAGUUCAAAGUGUAAUAGAGGGAAGUGUCAAUACCGACUAGAGAAGAGAAAUAAACAAAUCCUAAGAAAUUAAAUUAGGUUUUGAAACUAUAAAAUGCUAUUUAACAAAGGGUGGGCUUGUGAGAUAUGGUGAAUUAAGAAGCACAAGGGUUAAUGUCUGCUCUCUCUGGGGAGCCAGUCAAUAUCUGGAGGCAAGUCCGGUGUAGUGUAGUAAAAGGAGGAUGAGUAAGGAAUUCACAGCCCCUAUCCCAGUAACGAAGGGUACAGUCGUACCUUUUGAGAUCAAAUAACUUAUAUAAAUUAUCAGGAACACUGACUGAUGAAUUGUUGCCACCUAGUUGGCAGUACAACGACAAAGAACCUAAAUGCCAUUCUGGCUCCAAAAUAAUGGGUGGCACCUGGGUACAAUGUCGCAAGGCUCAGGCAUUGUCUUGCUAUGAGCCACAGCUCUCAAACACAACCGCAUCUUCCAGGGCCACCCGACUUCACUUCAAUUUGGAAUGUUCUAUCCACGUUCGCACCCCAGGAGUGUUGAAGUAAACUUUAAUCGUCACUGAGUAGAACAUCUUUUCCACCCAAGUAAUAUUUUGUAUCUGUUCUAAUGUGGAGUAGAUUGAGAACCAGAGGUCGCAGUGGAUCAAUUUCGA